AAAACCACAUCCGAAUUGGCAUGCGUUGAAACUCCAAAACCCUGAUUCUCUCUCACCGGCUCUGUCUGUGUCUGUGUCUGUGUCUGUGUCUGUGUCCCUCUCAUUACCGCCAUGGACGAAGUUUGCGAAGGGAAGGAUUUCUCCUUUCCAAACUACGAGGAGAAGAUCCUUGAGUUGUGGAGGGAGAUAAAGGCAUUCGAAACCCAGCUGGAGCGCACCAAGGACCAGCCCGAGUACAUCUUUUAUGACGGGCCUCCCUUCGCAACGGGGCUCCCACACUAUGGCCACAUCCUCGCCGGUACCAUCAAGGACAUCGUCACCCGCUACCAGUCCAUGAACGGCCGCCACGUCACUCGCCGCUUCGGCUGGGAUUGCCACGGCCUUCCAAUCGAGAACGAGAUCGACCGUCGCCUCGACAUUAAGAAGCGCGAAGAUGUGUUGAACUUGGGGAUCGAUAAGUACAACGAGGAGUGCCGUAGCAUUGUCACGAGGUAUGUGCGGGAGUGGGAGAAGAUUGUUUGGCGGACUGGGCGGUGGAUUGAUUUCAAUAAUGGUUACAAGACUAUGGACUUGAACUUCAUGGAGACUGUGUGGUGGGUCUUUGCUCAGCUUUAUGACAAGGGUCUUGUGUAUAAAGGUUUCAAGGUCAUGCCAUACAGCACUGGUUGUAAGACACCUCUAUCUAAUUUUGAAGCCGGUCAGGAAUAUCGGGAUGUGCCUGACCCUGAAAUUAUGGUGACUUUUCCAAUAAUUGGUGAUCCGCAUAAGGCAGCCUUUGUGGCUUGGACAACAACUCCGUGGACCCUUCCGAGUAAUCUUGCCCUUUGUGUCAAUGCAAAUUUUGUCUAUGUUAAGGUUCGCAACAAGUACUCUGGAAAAGUAUAUAUGGUUGCUGAAUCUCGUUUGCCAGCUCUUCCUAGUGAGAAGCCAAAACCAAGUAUAGCUAAUGGAUCUAUUCCUGACACCAAAAAAUCAAAUCCCAAGACCAAGGGAUCCUCAAGUGGUAAAACUGGAGAUGUGGUGGAUUCAUAUGAAGUUUUGGAGAAAGUUUCAGGGGCUUCAUUGGUGGGAAUGAAGUAUCAACCAUUGUUUGAUUAUUUUAUCGAGUGCUCUGAGUCUGCAUUUAGAGUUCUUGCCGACAAUUAUGUUACAGAUGAUAGUGGUACUGGGAUUGUGCAUUGUGCGCCUGCUUUUGGUGAAGAUGAUUACCGUGUUUGCAGUGAGAAUCAAAUCAUAAGCAAGGGAGAGAACUUAAUUGUAGCAGUUGAUGAUGAUGGCUGCUUUACGGCAAAGAUUACCGACUUUAGCGGGCAGUAUGUCAAGGAUGCAGAUAAGGAUAUUAUUGAAGCAGUUAAGGAAAAAGGCCGCCUGGUUAAGUCUGGGAGCUUUAUGCAUCCUUAUCCCUUCUGUCCAAGAUCCAAAACUCCUCUUAUUUAUCGAGCUGUUCCAAGCUGGUUCAUUAAAGUAGAAGAGUUGAAAGAGAAAUUGCUAGAAAACAACAAGCAGACCUACUGGGUUCCUGAUUUUGUGAAGGAAAAGCGAUUCCACAAUUGGCUGGAAAAUGCGAGAGAUUGGGCUGUUAGUCGAAGUAGGUUUUGGGGUACUCCUCUUCCUGUAUGGAUUAGUGAGGAUGGUGAAGAAGUACUUGUCAUGGAUUCCGUUGAGAAACUUGAAAAGCUUUCUGGUGUUAAGGUGGAUGAUCUGCAUCGUCAUAAGAUUGAUCAUAUUACAAUUCCCUCUAGUCGCGGCCCUGAAUUUGGUGUCCUUCGACGCAUAGCUGAUGUGUUUGAUUGUUGGUUUGAGAGUGGGUCCAUGCCUUAUGCUUAUAUCCAUUAUCCAUUUGAGAAUGUUGAACUCUUUGAGAAAAACUUUCCUGGGCACUUUGUGGCUGAAGGGCUUGAUCAAACGCGUGGAUGGUUUUAUACUCUCAUGGUGUUGUCUACUGCAUUAUUUGGAAAGCCUGCAUUUAGGAAUCUCAUUUGUAAUGGACUUGUCCUGGCGGAGGAUGGAAAGAAGAUGAGUAAAAGUCUGAAAAACUAUCCUUCACCUUUGGAAGUCAUUGAUAAUUAUGGAGCUGAUGCAUUACGAUUGUACCUCAUAAACUCCCCAGUGGUGCGCGCAGAGCCCUUGCGUUUCAAAAAGGAAGGAGUUCAUGGUGUUGUCAGGGAUGUUUUUCUUCCCUGGUACAAUGCAUAUAGAUUCCUUGUUCAGAAUGCUAAAAGACUUGAAGUUGAGGGAUUUGCACCAUUCAUACCCAUUGAUCAAGCCUCUCUCCAAAAUUCAUCUAAUGUGCUUGACCAGUGGAUCAACUCAGCUACACAGAGUCUUGUUUAUUUUGUCCGCCAAGAGAUGGAUGGUUAUCGCCUUUACACGGUGGUUCCAUAUCUCUUGAAGUUUCUUGACAACUUGACAAACAUAUACGUACGGUUCAACCGUAAGAGACUUAAAGGUCGUACUGGAGAAGACGACUGUAGGACAGCACUCUCAACUCUUUACAAUGUCCUUCUGGUGUCAUGUAAAGUAAUGGCACCAUUUACUCCAUUUUUUACUGAAGUUCUGUAUCAAAAUCUUCGAAAAGUUUCCAAUGGGUCAGAGGAAAGCAUUCAUUAUUGCCGGUUUCCUCAAGAAGAAGGGAAGAGGGGGGAACGAAUUGAACAAAGUGUUGCAAGGAUGACAACUAUUAUUGAUCUUGCCCGCAACAUUCGUGAGCGGCACAACAAACCUCUUAAAACACCACUAAGGGAAAUGGUAGUAGUUCAUCCUGAUGCAGACUUUCUCAAUGAUAUAGCUGGAAAGUUAAGAGAGUAUGUGCUAGAGGAACUCAAUGUACGUUCUCUUGAGCCAUGCAAUGAUACCUUGAAAUAUGCUUGUUUACGUGCAGAACCUGAUUUUAGUGUGUUAGGUAAGCGGCUUGGAAAAUCUAUGGGAGUCGUUGCUAAGGAAGUCAAAGGAAUGUCACAGGAAGAUAUUUUAGCUUUUGAGAGAGCUGGCGAAGUUACUAUUGCAGGUCAUUGUUUGAAGCUGACUGAUAUUAAGGUUAUUCGGGAUUUCAAAUGUCCUGAUGGAUUUACAGAUAAGGAGAUUGAUGCAACAGGAGAUGGUGAUGUUUUGGUGAUUUUGGAUUUGCGUGCGGAUAUCUCAUUGUUUGAGGCUGGUGUUGCUCGUGAGAUUGUGAAUAGAAUUCAGAAGUUACGGAAGAAAGCUGCCCUAGAACCUACUGACAUUGUGGAGGUUUACUUCAAAUCGUUGGAUGAAGAUAAAUCACUCUCAGAACGAGUUUUGAGUUCCCAAGAUUCAUACAUUGCAGAUGCCAUUGGCUCCCAAUUGCUUCCUUCUACUAUGAUGCCAUCACAGGCAAUCAUUAUUGGUGAGGAGACUUUCCAUGGGAUCUCGGGCAUGUCAUUUGUUAUCAGCUUAACAAGACCUGCGCUAGUGUUCAAUCUAGACGCCAUUCUUGCAUCAUAUGCAGGAAAUAUGAAGUUUGCUCAAGGUCUGCAGACUUACUUGCUAUCAAGGGAUCAUUCAGUUUUGAAGUCGGAGUUUCAACUUGGGAAUGGGAAGAUAACGGUCAGUUGCAUUGAAAAUUUGCCUCCGGUUGAUUUGUUUUUGGGGGAACACCUUUUCUUGACAGUUGGCGAUUAUGUUUCUUCCACAAAAAAAUCUGAGUGACUUGAUCCUUACAUAAGGAUCCCAUCGUCUUUCUCUCGUUCUCUCGGUACCAAGCUUUUGCCCAAAAAAUAUAAAAGGAAUGUUACAUUCAGGCAGUUAUAAGUUAUAUUCAUUUUUGUUGUACAAAUUCAUAGAAAGCGAAAUUAAAAUGCCAGUUAGUCUUGUGCUUGUUUCAAUCGCAUAGCUGCUCUUUCUGUAUUUUUAUUUAUGAGGUUAGACUUGGAUUAAAAUGUGCACUAUUUUUAGUGUCUUUUGCUUUCUUUUGUUUUAAACAUUCGUUUUUCCAAA